GCCGGUCGGCUGAGCGAGCAAACAGCAAAGCAAGCGUAAGAGCAGCAACGGUUCAGCCGCAGAACGCGCCACCGAGCUACCGGCGCGCGAGUCAGACCAACAAAGUCCGGAUACAAGGCUUCACCUCUCGGCUCAGAUCCAGCCUCCUUGGGGGAUACAGAAAUUGUCCGGGGCGGCUUGCCAGGAAACCUGCCCAUAGGUGUGAAAAGCGCGCAGCCCAGCCAAGUGGAAUAAAAAGGCGCCCAGGUGGGGGACGAAAGGAAAGGGGGUCUUUGCCUUUCCGCGCUGUCCGCCCUGCCCCGAGCGAUGGUCAACAUGCAAGUGUGCGCCCUGGACUGCGAGACGCUGCGCGACCUGCUCCAAGACCGCGACUUACAGUGCCUGGUGCUGGACUGCCGAUCCUUUUUCGCCUUCAACUCCUCGCACGUCGCGGGCUCUUGCAACGUCCGCCUCAGCACCAUCGUCCGGCGGAGGGCAAAGGGGGCCGUGGGCUUGGAGCACAUUCUUCCCAACGAAGAAAUGCGCGCCCGCCUGCACAAGCGCCUCUUCCACGCCGUGGUGCUGCUGGACGAGCGCAGCGCCGAUCUCGAGGCGCCCAAGCGGGACAGCACCGUCCUGCUGGCUCUUAACACCCUCUGCAGGGAAGCCAGGGACGCCCGCAUCUGCUUCCUCAAGGGAGGAUACGAGGCAUUCUCUUCCACCUAUCCUGAACUGUGCACAAAGCCCUCUGCCCCCAAAGGCCUCACUUUGCCGCUCAGCACCACCACUGCCCCCGGCAGUGCCGAUUCAAACUGCAGCUCCUGUGGAACCCCUCUCUAUGAUCAGGGUGGUCCGGUGGAAAUCCUACCUUUCCUGUAUUUAGGCAGCGCCUAUCAUGCGUCCAGAAAAGACAUGCUGGAUACGUUGGGGAUCACUGCCUUGAUCAACGUCUCUGCAAACUGUCCAAACCAUUUUGAAGGGCACUAUCAGUACAAGAGCAUCCCGGUGGAGGACAACCAUAAAGCUGACAUCAGCUGCUGGUUUAAUGAAGCCAUUGACUUCAUAGACUCCAUCAAAAAUGAUGGUGGACGAGUGUUUGUUCACUGCCAAGCUGGUAUCUCCCGCUCUGCAACCAUUUGCCUCGCUUACCUUAUGAGGACCAACCGAGUCAAACUAGAUGAAGCCUUUGAGUUUGUGAAACAGAGAAGAAGCAUCAUCUCCCCUAACUUUAGUUUCAUGGGCCAGCUGUUGCAGUUUGAGUCCCAGGUCCUUGCUCCAAAUUGCUCAGCAGAAGCUGGAAGCCCUGCUAUGUCUGCACUGGACAGAGGAACAUCCACUACAACUGUCUUUAACUUCCCCGUUUCCAUCCCUGUCCACCCUUCUUCCAAUCCACUAAGCUAUCUUCAGAGCCCCAUCACCACAUCUCCAAGCUGUUGAAAGGCAGGUGCAAGCAGACUCUGCUCAAAGACUUGACAUCUUGUUACCUGAAAAGUGCAAUAACUUUAGGAGGAGAUCUAUUAGUUUAUAUGGGUCUCCUCUUGUUACAUCUACAAAGCAAUACAGAAUCACCAGCAGUGAUCAACAUUUCUGACUCCAGAAAGCGAGGUUCUUUCUGAUAGAUGAUCUUAACAAAGAGGCAUUUUUGACCAAUGGAUGCCUACAAAGGAGACAAAGCGCAAAGGACUUUGCUUUCUACUCCUGAAAAUUCCUAUUACUCUUUCUUUCCUCUUGCCGUUCCAGUAGCAAAUCCUGCAGUAUUCACAUUCUCUGGGUAUGCUCAGUUGCAGAAUGCUGUCCCCUUGUACAAGAAGACCUUUGUAUUUAUUUAUUUUUUAUGGUGUAAUUGCAAUGUAUGUUUUGUCUUCGAGUCUGAAGUUUCAUUUUCUUGUCUUUUUUUUAAAGAAAGAAACAAAAUACCUCAGGUUUUUUUUUUUUUGGGUACUGUAAUCCUAUAAAUACAUCUUAAAACUGUUU